AUGCCCGACCUCAAGAUUGUUGAUUCAUGUAUUCUUCAAAUUGUUGUGGACAACUCAAUAGAAUGGAUGACCAAGUUCCCCGCCGGUUUCACGAGCGAGAUCGCAACGCAUCUUCAGGACAAGCCAAGGAUAGACGAGAAAACUGGGGCACCUUUCGUUGACUUGGACAGGUACUGCUGCGCUGCCCAUGGACUCUCGCUUCUCAUUACCACCCGUUUAGGAAACCAAACGCACUGCACCUUGUUUGACACGGGUCCCGAUGCGCUCACCCUGGAGCGAAAUCUUGCCUCGCUAAAGGUCGACAUGACCAAAGUCGAGCGCAUCGUUCUCUCACAUUGGCAUCGAGAUCACUCGGGCGGAAUUAUCGCCGCUUUGAAGCAUGCUACGAAGCAAGGAAAGAAAGCCCCGAUCGUCGUCGACCUGCAUCCCGACCGUCCCUUUGCACGUGGGAUCGCUCCCAACGGCCAGCUCAUAGGCCGUCUUCCGGAAGACCCGACGUUCGAGGAGAUUGAGUUUGUCGGAGGUAAAGUGGAGACGCACGCGGAAUCGCAUACGGUUGCGGGCAAGACUGUCUGGAUUAGUGGGGAGAUCCCGAGAGUGACCAGCUAUGAGGAGGGCUUGCUGGGUGCAGUGACCUGGUAUGAGGAGCGGAAUGGCGACGGGGAUUGGCAGCCGGAUGAGCUCAUCCUGGACGAGCGCUAUUCGGCGAUCAACGUCAAGGGCAAGGGGUUGAUUAUCAUUAGUUCAUGCUCGCAUGCCGGAAUCGUCAAUGUUUUGAAAGACGCCGUUCAACGGUUCAAGCGACCGAUUUACAUGAUCGUCGGGGGACUUCACCUGGCUGGGCCAGAGUUGCAACAUCGUAUUCGCCCGACCGUUGAGUUCAUCGCCAAGGGGCUCCAUCCGACACCUACAUACGUCCUACCCCUCCACUGUACAGGAUUCAACGCCAAAGUUGCACUGCGGGAAGCGAUGGGUGACAUUGUGGUCCCGGCAGCUACUGGUGUCAAAAUCGACGUUGGUGGUGAUGACGCCGCCGAAGAGACGUUGGGGGAGUCCUCCUGCCCUUCCGAUACGGAGUAA